GUCAUUUUUUUCUGACAGCGCGUAGCCUACGAAAUUGUGCGCGUUCCGUGGACUUUGCAAACUUACAACACACUCUGCUCGCGUAUCGCGACAAAACUGUGCGACGGAUAAGAAGUGUUCCCCCGCGAUCGGAUUGUAAUCCCCUUACCCCAAAGAAAGGACGACACGGUGGCAACGGGCUGCACGCUACAAAUUCCACUGCGAACAGGCAGCAAGCACACCGGCUUCCAUUGGCAGGAUCGAACACAAGGAGCUCCUGGAUUGCGGCGCUACACUACGCUCUGUGCCUGUGGUGAUGGUGACACGGGCGAUACUUCUAGAUUGAACAAUACCACACACGCACACGCAUUUGCUCCUUGUGCGGGCUGUAAAGUGUAUUCCGAAGCACGGCCGGAAGGGCACAAAAGGCACGCACCGUGGCCCUCAAGCUUGCUGGUGCGAGGACACCGAUGCACUGGGCGUCAAACAGGUAGCAGCGCGAGCCGUGAAAGCACACCUGGAGGAGACGAACAGGUUGGCAGUACCCCGCGUGCAGGCUAUAACAAAAAAAACGAAGAAGACACUGUUAAACGCAUACAGAAAAUAGCCUUCGAUAACCAAUCCCGUCUCGAUGAUAAAGCCCACGACUGAAUGCGCAAAAAGCAAGAGCAUCGUGCGAGAUAAAUACAAGACCCUGUAGGCUUGUGUGAACGCGGGUCCAUCUCAGAACUCCAUCGCCGAAAGUGUGAAAAAAGCAUACACGCAUUUGGAGCGAAACAGGAUAAGCAUACGACGAUCCCCGUGACACCACACGAAGGACGGAGUGGCUGCUAGGGAUCAAUGAGGCGAGCUGAUGCUGUGAUGACGGUGAUGAUGUGCAGCUGAAACGCGCUCUACCUGUCGUCCGCAACUGUGCCAUGAGUAACGAGUGCUGAAUGCUGUGUAUGUGAGUGUGUGUGCGCCCGUGCGUCAAUGUGUGUGUGUGCGUGCGUUUAGUCGCGUUUUAGUUUUGUUUUGUUUGGCCCUCAGUGUCGCGCGCGCGGAGUUUUGCAAUCACACCACCACCCCAUUACACCCAUCACAAGGGGGGCAGCAAGCUGUGCUGGCUCGCUGGCUUGCAAUAAGGCUGCACGCGCGUGUGUGUGUCACACAUUGGGUCAAACUUAACGACCCCUCUCGCGUCAUCGUUGGUCGGUCAGCGUUGUAAUUACAGCGAGCGGUCGCAAGGCAAGCUGCUGCAUCAUACCGCACACCGGUGGACCGUCCGUCCGUCCCGUAGUUGUAGAAUAAUGUGCGCGUUGCGCGGCUAAAGCACACAGGCCCACCUUCCACUCCGCGUCGUCUGCUCCGAAUGAAUUGUGGCCAUCGGCGUAGCUUAAGCUUGUCCCGGUUGUUCCGCAAGAUCGUCGCAACGGAAAGGCACACCCGGAAGCGAAGGCGCGGAUUACAGCGCGGACUAGGCGGGGUUGCUGCACCGAUAAGUAAUCACAGAACGUAGAGAUAAUCGUUUCACAUUAAACUGUUAACUGAUAAAUUCAACAACAUCAUCAUCAUCCGGGAGCGCUAUAACCAUUCGCCUCAGAGAAGUUGGGAAAGUGACGGACGGCUUCGAUCUCUACCGUCACACGCAGGCAAUCUCUCCACCGGCCGUGGGUCUGAAGCGUGUCGCAAAAAAACCAAAAAAUCCCGUAGCUUAUUACCGAGAUAGCCGAGAACGAUGGGUGCCUUUCUGGAGAAGCCAAUGACCUCCAAGCACAACGAGCACGGCGAGGGCAAUGGGCUGCGGUACGGCGUCGGCUCGAUGCAGGGCUGGCGGUGCGAGAUGGAGGAUGCCUACCACGCCAAAACCGGGCUGGGCGACAGCCUGGACGACUGGAACUACUUCGCCGUGUUCGAUGGGCACGCGGGCGACAACGUGGCCAAGCACUGUGCGGCCAACCUGCUGCAGCGCAUCAUCACGACGACCGAGUUCGGCAACAAUGACAUCACCAAGGGCAUACACACCGGCUUCCUGCAGCUGGACGAGUCGAUGCGCGCCAUCCCCGAGCUGGCGUCCGGGCUGGACAAGUCCGGCACGACCGCCGUCUGCGCGUUCAUCUCCGGCCAGCACCUGUACAUAGCGAACUGUGGCGAUUCGCGCGCCGUCCUCUGCCAGAACGCCCAGCCCAUCUUCACCACCCAGGACCACAAGCCGAUCCUGCCGGGCGAGAAGGAGCGCAUCCAGAACGCGGGCGGCUCCGUCAUGGUGCAGCGCGUGAACGGCAGCCUCGCGGUGAGCCGGGCGCUCGGCGACUACGACUACAAGAAGGUGGCGAACCUGGGCCAGUGCGAGCAGCUCGUGUCGCCCGAGCCGGAGAUAUUCUGCCGCGACCGGGAACCGGCCGACGAGUUUCUGGUGCUCGCCUGCGACGGCGUCUGGGACGUGAUGAGCAACGAGGAGCUGUGCCAGUUCGUGCACAACCGGCUGGAGGUGUCCGACAACCUGGUGGACGUGGCGAACCAGGUGAUCGACACCUGCCUGCACAAGGGCAGCCGGGACAACAUGAGCAUCAUCAUCAUCGCAUUUCCGGGCGCGCCGCCCGUCUCGGAGGAGGCGCAGAAGCGCGAGGAAGAGCUAGAGCAGCACCUGCGGGCCCGCAUCGAGCAGAUACUGGGCGAGAUGAGCUCGAUCGAGUACGGCGCACUGCUGAAGGAGCUGGCCCGCGAGGAUAUUCCCGACCUACCGCCCGGCGGUGGCCUACACGCCAAGUGUUCGUACGUGUCGAAGGUGUUUAAGGAGCUGCAUCCAAAGCUGGCCGAAACGUGCGAAAUGGGAAACUACUAAAGCAGGCAGGCAGUGCGGAAAUAGAACAAACAAAAAGGAAAGGUUAUAAAGUAAUAAUUAAAACAAAAAGAUGCAAAGAUGUCCCACACCCUUCCCGGUGGUGUUGUAUCCUCCGCCCAGUCCCACACACUCUUCCUUCCCAGCGAGCACUUUGGCAUGCGCGAAUGUGCCGAACAAGUGCUGGCUGGCGGGGUAAAAUCGCAUACAAAGGAAUAUAGCUGGGGACGAGCAUCUUUUUUUCUACUGCAAUCAUUCAAAUCAGGCAGUGAAUUGAUAUGAUGAACACACACACAGAAACAAAAAGCCCAAGCAUAUAAAAGGACGGAGAUCGUAAGGAGCAGUAGUAGCUAAUAAGGCUGUGUUCAUUGUUGCUGUUAUAGUGAAGAGAGAGAGAAAAAGAGAGAAAAAACACAAAAUAAUGAAAAAAGUGGACAUACAUACUGAACAUACAGGACGUACACAACGCAACACAGCAGCGCAGAUUGUCUUCAAAACAUGGGUGCCAAGUGAGUUGUGUGGUGAGGUGUCGCAAGUAAACAAUUAAAACAAAAGCUAUACACUGUACAGAACACACACACACACCAUCGGCGCCAUUUUUUCAUUUGAUUAGCGGAUAGAUGGUAGUAUACUUAGCUCAACACUUGUAGGGACCGGUAAGGACACAGUCAAAAGAAGAAGCAGCAGCAGCAACAGUAAGAGCAUCGUAAGAAACAAAACGUUUAAGUUACAUUAAUUAAGUAUGUUUUUAGUUUUUAAAGUACUGUCUGUAUUAUUCUUCGGAUUAGCAGUUUUAAAUCUAAAUUUAUGCCGUGUUUUGGGGCGCUGAAAUUAACGAACCCUUAUGCUAAUUAACUACUAUAUGAAUGUGGCAGUUGCGUAUAAGUAUUGCGCGGAUCUAUUGCUUUCUUUAGUUUGUGCUUUCCGUUCGUAUUCUUUUCACUUUCGUCCACUUUGUCAGGACGUUUUACGGUUUCCAUUUUGUUUCUCAGUGAAAUGAUAGUGUAAGACUAGGCCGAUAGGUUUGUUAGCGUGUUGUUGUGAUAGUGCUAAAUAUUACUCGCCUACCACUCCCCCCUAUCUGCCAUCCCCCCUUCAACGCUUUACUCUCGCUCUGUCCCUCCCUUCUUGCAAGUGCUGCUGUUUUCAAAAGGUAUAUUAACUAAAUUCAAGUUUGUUUGUGUUGCGAUUGUCGUAUAGCAGCGCUCUCAGCUAUGAACAAUGAUAAUGGAUUACAAAGGAAGUAAAAAAUACUACACACAAACACUACACACACCCGAAAAGCGACAGCAAACACACACAUUUCUCGUAUAGGAUUGUAAAGGGAGGGGAGUAAGCUGUAAAAGUCAUAAAAGACAUGUUAUAUUGUAGCGUUGGAGUCGAUGGAGUUGGGUUGGGUAGGGGAUCAGAAUUUAAAAAAAAUGGUAACGGGUAACGGGGAAUGAGAUAAAGGGCGAAAAGGGAACGCGAAACACAGGAGUUGAUAAAAUGUAUCGUAGUACGUUAAGAACCAUUAACAAAACUAUCCUUCACAUCAUACUGGUCCUUUUUUGUUUGUUCUUACUGAAGAGAAAUGAUGUUGUGAUAAGACGUAAACACAGAAAAGGAAUGAACAUACGAUGUCCAAUGGGGGCACAGACGAGUAGAACAAAGAAGUGUAGUUUUGAGCAUAGAAAAGGUAACAGGCAAGUGAGGAACACACACGGCAGAGCAAACAAAACACGUGUGAAGGAACAACCAUAAACGAGUUCGAUCUUGCGUGUUUUGAGGCAUGUGUCUGGGACUCGCUGUUCAAAGCCCUUCCCUCCUACUCGUGUUAGGUUUCUUGUAUAAGCAAUUUUCUGUUAAGAUAAGAUGUUUGGGAAGAACACCACUCUCCCGCGUCCUUACUUUUUAUUCACAAUACGUGAAAUUCAUUAUCUUGCACUGCAUCAAAAGUAGAGUGGGAAAAGAAUGGGAAAUAAUCGAUCGAAUGAAGCAACGACCCACAGCGUCCACGAGAAAAGGAUGCUAGGUUGCAAAAAAAGGCAAAUUGUAUUAAUAUGUUUACCAAACAUGCAAGCAAACAAACAAAUCCCUUUUUUGAAUUUGGUUCCAAGCUUUAUCGGUUUGGUUUGAGCACUGGAGUAGCGCAGUAAAAGUGUCCAAUGCGAUCACACCGGAGUAGAGACCAUGGAGUAGACAGAAGGGGGAGGAAAGCAUACUAAGUGUAAAACAAGUAGUAGGGGGAAAAACAUUCCAUAAGAUCAACACACACUCACAUACAUACACAAAGCACACAAGCCUACUAGAUUAGAACCCUCGUGCAAGGGGGCAUGUUGUUCCACCCUUAAAGGAUGGGAUUUGUAAAAAACCAAGCAAGCAAGCAAGCAACAAGACCAUGUGCGAAGAUUCAUUUUGUACCGGACAGAGAGAGACAGCAAGUGUCAGUGGAAAAACAACUCCCAGCGGGAGUGAUUAGUAUUUCAUCAUCCUACAAGAAAGUUUAAUGUUUGGCUGCGUGCGUGCCCCUUGCAAGAAGUUAAUAAUAUCAAGUGCGCCCGUCGUUUGUGUAUACUAGCUUUGCGGUGUGUAUAUCGCUCGCUCUAACACUUCCCUAGACAUACAUCCCCUCCCCAGAGUACGUGGGGAUGCAUUAUGUUUGUAGUAGUUGCAAGAAGAGGGCCAAACGUAAAAUGCAAUCAAACCAACAAAAAAGAGAAGAAAAACAUACUCACCCAACAUUCAUCUAUACAUUCAGAACUAUAUUUUUGCAUUUAAAAUACGCGAGAUGUACCGGUGGUUUCUAGGAGGGGGAGUCGUCUUCAAAGACACGAGACAUCGCGCGUUCCAUUGAGUGUGUGCUGUAAAACUUGAAAACCAUCACUAGAAAAAAACGGAAAAACACUACACAAAAAAUCCAAUGUAAUGUAGCUGUCCUGUUUCGUAAGAAUCUGGAGGCCAGCUUCCCAUUUGAAAACAUACACCCAGACACACACAAAAAUACUGUAAAUGAAAAAGAAAAUAGAGUUGGUGUUUUAUUGCUAGAAGACCGUUUGAAA